AAGAAGGCUUAACAUUUUUCGAUAAAGUCUUAACAGUCGCAAGGGGAGGAUGCGCCAAAGCAAAUUUUAUGUCAACUUAUAAACCAGAACAUUCCUGCUUUAAAAUAAGAGACGGAUACCAUAAACCAUUUUGCACCAUGCUCUUGCAUUCGUGUAACUGGCCAGAAAACAAAUUACACACACUUUAUUCAUCUGGCAACAAAGCAGGUGAAAAGAAAAGAGAGAAAUAUAAAGAUACAAGGAAAAUCAGGAAAUAUGAAGAUAGUGGUAGCGGUGGAUCAAUCGAAGUUAGUUUUCAAUUGAAUAAAAAUGGUAAACAUGGUGCAACGGGAUACCUUUCACUUAAUGACGUCACGGAUGAUGAUGAAGGGCAGUACAUAUACACACUACAGAUAAAAGAUGUCCCACGUAUGUCUCGUGGGCCACAAAUACAAGGUCUAAGACACACAUUUUAUGGAAAAACGUUUGUCAAACUCAACAAUGCCAUUUUCAGGAACAACAUCCACAAUACGCAGUUCAUAAGCCCAAUUGGAAUUAUCUUCAAUGAUCAAGUGUAUGUAUUUGCACUAAAAAUGGAAAAAGAAAAAGAGGAAGGACACGAAGAAGAUAAGACAAUAUUACGCUAUAUCACAUGUGCUGGUAAACUUCAAUCUGAACACAACAAACUUACUAUCAUAUGGAACGAUUUUGCCAACAAUUUACUUAAACCAGAAGAAGAGUUGUUGAGCUCCGUUGCACUCCCCGGCAAAUUCCAUUCAUAUAUCUUCAUUGGAUAUAUAAACGUAUCUAAAGACAGACGAAUUCUAGGAAAGUUGGUUUCUUUUUUCCCAGGUGGAACCUUCAAAUUAAUCAAUAAUAUCAUUGAAACAUUGGAAUCUAAGGGACCUGUUGAAAUGAUUAAAUUUGAUCCUCUCAGCGGGAAAAAGCUAUCAAAUGGACGACUUGUUGUCGGUGGAUGGAUAAAACGUGUCUAUCAAACGAAGAAACGAAUGGAUGUAUUUAAGUUGAGGUUUACUGGCUGUACGUCUUCUAGAGGUAAACUUGAAGAUGUCGAAAACCAAUCAUAUGAAUAUGAGCCCUUUAUCAUGUGGACAGAUGAUGACAUUAACUGGAAUUUGGGAAAAAAUUUUAAGGUUGAAAGAGCUGUGGAAAAUAUGCGAAUACAGGCGACAGAAAAAGGAAAUGGAAAAGAAGUAGUUGUGAUUAUUUCAUCUUUAAAUUCCAAAACGGUCUUAUACGAAGGACAAAGCAAUGAUUAUUGCUCAACGUUUACAGAAAAAAGUGAAGUACCCGACUGGCACUUUCAAAUGCCCGUAGUCAGUUUUGCCAUUAUUAAUGGUUCUUUAGUCGGCGCGUCAUCAAUGGAAUGCAUUGAGGAGACUUCAGGGCAGCAGGGAGCUGUGAGUUUUGCUAAGAAAGGUGAAGGAUCACCUGUAAAUGGAAUAAAAGAGAGUUUACCUGAAACAGAUGAACCGGCAAACGAUGAAACGGGAACAUUAAUUUUAGAAAAUCCAUCUGAAGACUCUGUAAAAGUAUCAUUUCAAAGUUUACCGAAACGGAAUUUGUUGAAUAAAGCAGCUAGAAAGGCCACUAAUGCACUAUUAUUUAUUAGAGAGUCAUUUAUAAAUGAAUCAACACAAGAAUACGAAAUUGUAUCCACAACUGAAGUAUCCUCAGUUAAUAAUGAUAAAUCAAUGGAACAUGUAAUAAAUGAAGGCUCACCAGAAACAAAUGAUCUGACAGAUGAUGAAAAAGUGUCUGAAAGUGUUGUGCUUGAAGAAUCUGUAUUGAUUAUGGAGGAACUAACAGCAAAUACAUUAGAAGAAGGCUCAUCAGAAACAAAUAACUUAACAGACAAUGAACAAGUAAUGUUAACAAUGGAAGAACAACAAGAAGAUUCAUUAGAAGGGUCAUCAGACAAUUUUAAGAAACAGAGAUCACUCGGCAGAUUUGCUAAGAAGGUUACCAAUAAAUUGCCAACCAAGUCUAAAAGAAAGUCACCUAGAAGUGAAUUAGCAAAAGAAUCUGAAAGUGCAUCGCUUACUGAAGAAUCCCAAUCCUUUAAGGAGGAAUCAACAGGAAAUAAAACAAAGGGCUCAUCAGAAACAAAUGAACUUAAAGAUGAUGAAGAAAUAGUGACAAAAAUGGAAGAGCCACCAGAAACAAAUGAACUGACAGAUAAUGAAAAAGAGUCUGAAAGUGUUAUGCUUGAAGAAUUUGUAUUGAGUAAGGAGGAACUAACAGGAAAUACAAUAAAAGAAGGCUCACUAGAAACUAGUAAACUAACAGAUGAUGAACAAGUAAUGUUAACAAUGGAAGAGCAACAAGGAGAUUCAUUAAAAAGGUCAUCAGACAAUUUUAAGAAACAGAGUUCACUCGGCAGAUUUGCUAUGAAGGUUACCAAUAAAUUGCUAACUAAGUCAAAAAGAAAGUCACCUAGAAGUAAAUUAGCAAACGAAUCUGAAUAUGCAUCGCUUACUGAAGUAUCUUCAUUCAUUAAGGAGGAGGAAUCAACAGAAAAUAAAAUAAGAAAGGGCUUAUCAGAAGCAAAUGAACUAAAAGACGAUGAAGAAAUAAUGACAAAAUUGGAAGAGCAACCAGAAACAAGUGAACUGACAGAUGAUGAAAUAGAGUCUGAAAGUGUUAUGCUUGAAGAAUCUGUUGUAUUGAUUAAGGAGGAACUAACAGGAAAUACAAUAAAAGAAGGCUCACUAGAAACAAAUAAACUAACAGACGAUGAACAAGUAAUGUUAACAAGGGAAGAACAACAAGGAGAUUCAUUAGAAGGGUCAUCAAACAAUUUUAAGAAACAAAGAUCACUCGGCAGAUUUGUUAAGAAAAUCACCAAUAAAUCGCCAACCAAAUCAAAAAGAGAGUCACCUAGAAGUAAAUUAGCAAAAGAAUCUGAAAGUGUAUCGCUUACUGAAGAAUCCCCAUUCAUUAAGGAGGAAUCAACAGGAAAUAAAAUAAGAAAGGGCUCAUCAGAAACAAAUGAACUAAAAGAGGAUGAAGAAAUAGUGACAAAAAUGGAAGAGCCAUCAGAAUCAAAUGAACUGACAGAUAAUAAAAAAGAUUCUGAAAAUGUUAUGCUUGAAGAAUCUGUAUUGAUUAAGGAGGAACUAACAGGAAAUACAAUAAAAGAAGGCUCACUAGAAACAAGUAAACUAACAGAUGAAGAACAAGUAAUGUUAACAAUGGAAAAGCAACAAGGAGAUUCAUUAAAAAGGUCAUCAGACAAUUUUAAGAAACAGAGAUCACUCGGCAGAUUUGCUAAGAAGGUUACCAAUAAAUUGCCAACCAAGUCAAAAAGAAAGUCACCUAGAAGUAAAUUAGCAAAAGAAUCUGAAAAUGCAUCGCUUACUGAAGUAUCUCUAUUCAUUAAGGAGGAAUCAACAGAAAGUAAAAUAAGAAAGGGUUCAUCAGAAACAAAUGAACUUAAAGAGGAUGAAGAAAUAGUGACAAAAAUGGAAGAGCCACCAGAAACAAAUGAACUGACAGAUGAUAAAAAAGAGUCUGAAAGUGUUAUGCUUGAAGAAUCUGUUGUAUUGAUUAAGGGGGAACUAACAGGAAAUACAAUAAAGGAAGGCUCACUAGAAACAUAUAAACAAACAGACGAUGAACAAGUAAUGUUAACAAUGGAAGAACAACAAGGAGAUUCAUUAGAAGGGUCCUCAGACAAUUUUAAGAAACGGAGAUCACUUGGCAGAUUUGUUAAGAAAGUCACCAAUAAAUCGCCAACCAAAUCAAAAAGAAAGUCACAAAGAAGUAAAUUAGCAAAAGAAUCUGAAAGUGCAUCGCUUACUGAAAAAUCCCCAUUACCAGAAACAAAUGAACUAAAAGAGGAUGAAGAAAUAGUGACAAAAAUGGAAGAACCAUCAGAAACAAAUGAACUGACAGAUGAUGAAAAAGAGUCUGAAAGUGUUAUGCUUGAAGAAUCUGUAUCGAUUAAAGAGGAACUAACAGGAAAUACAAUAAAAGAAGGUUCAUCAGAAACAAAUAAACUAACAGACGAUGAACAAGUAAUGCUAACAAUGGAUGAACAAGGAGAUUCAUUAGAAGGGUCAUCAGACCAUUUAAAGAAACAGAGAUCACUCGUUAGAUUUGUUAAGAAGGUCACCAAACAAUUGCCAACCAAGUCAAAAGGAAAGUCAUCUGGAAGUAAAUUAGCAAAAGAAUCUGAAAGUGCAUCGCUUACUGAAGAAUCUUCAUUAUUUAAGGAGAAAGCAUCAGAAAAUAAAGUAAGUAAGGGCUCGUCAGAAAGGAUUAAACUAAAAUACGAUAAAAAAAGAGAGACGAGAAUGGAAAAGCCACCAGAAACAAAUGAAAUGUCAGAAUCUAAAUCAGCAAGAGUGUUUGAAACAUUUGAAAUCACUGUAGCAUCCAAGGUCGAAGCGUCUUCACUGAAGAUACAGGAUAGGCCAACAUGGGAGGGAUUGUGGCAUUUGGAACAAGAUACACAUACUGACAAAACGAUCCGCCUAAGACCAGUAAAACACGACAAAGAAUCAUCAGAUGCCCCAAACGGCUUUGUUACCAUCUUAGAAAAUAGGAGUAAAGUUCAGUGUGAACAAAUCGUGCCAUUCACAUGUAAAGGCAAAUCUUGGUUUUUGAUGAUUUACACGACACAUUUUAUACACGAUAAAGAAGAUAAACAAAAUCAAAGUAUGUGUACUAGGUAUCACAUUUUCUCACUAGAUGAGAUCAUGCGUGGUGAAAAAUAAUAAUGACAUAUCAUAAUUAUAAAUACAUGAAUAAGAAGAAUAAACAAAUAAAAUGUGUUGGAUCACGAUGUCACCCUCUGUGCCAGCCGGUGCUAAAUAGUAUUACCAUCAAUAUACAAAGGCAGAUAAAAAACUAUUAAAAAAAAAUAAUAGAUAGGCCUAUUGAACACAAUAGUGUAAGUUAUCUUUCACACGAAUAUCAAUGCUGAUGUAUCAGUUAACCGUCAGAUUCAAACUGCUGACGAAGAUGACGAGACGUCAUCGAAAACUCCAAGAAACGAAACCAUAACACUGAAAGUAAUUUACACUCUUGUUUGUUUUAUUACCAUGACAGAGUACCAUGCGAUUAAUUAGAUAUUACAUUAUGCCAACUUAUACAUGUUUAUAAAUCAGUCAUGCUGAGGAGGACCAGAGGUCAUAUUAGUGGGAAUAAAAAAUUGUGUUUUUAAAUUUA